AUGGCGCGCACGUCCGAGCAGGAGGCCUUUGCGUACCCCAGGGUGAAGGCCCGGGUGCAGGCGGCCAAGGAGUUCGCGCCGCAGGGCAUCGACGGCGGGCGUGGCUUGCUGGACUGGGCGUGUCUGAACUAUGCGGACCCGAGCCAGGAUGUGCUGGCGAGCCCUGGGGAGGAGAAUACGCCGGCGUCGAUGCGCAUCACACCCGCGUUUGCCGUGUGA